AUGAGACUCCGAUGGAUUAACUAUCUCCGUCCUGACCUCAAGAGAGGGAAUUUCACUAAACAAGAAGACGAAUUCAUUAUUAAACUUCACAGCUUGCUCAGAAACAAAUGGUCAUUGAUAGCUGGAAGAUUACCAGGUAGAACCGACAACGAGAUCAAGAACUACUGGAACACUCACAUCAAGCGAGAGCUCAUCGUUCGGGGCCUCGAUCCCCAAACUCACCGCCCUCUCAACGCCAUCGCUUCAACCACCACCGCCAAUUCCAAAUUUGAUUUCAGAAAUGCCUCGCACUCCUAUUCAACCCUAGCUGACAUCGAUUUGACGAUGAAUCAAAACACAUUCAAGCUUGUUGCUAUGGCGGAUGAUUCCUCAUUCGACGACGGCAAGAGGAUGCCUGGGAGGAAGCAAUCACACUUUAACAGUAGCUUUAUCUCAACGAAGCAAUCACACUUUCAGUCAGUUAUUUCCACAGUGGCAAACUUCCAACCAAGAUGA